AUGCCUACUGAGUCGGCACCGAAGCGAAGGCGAAUACAACGCUCUCCAUCUCCUGCUUACAAGCUCGACGAUGCAGACGACUCCUACGAACCUUACAUUCCCGUCGCACAGCGCCGCCAAGCCAGACUCGCAAAACUCACUUCCUGGGGUGUCGAUAAGGACAAGUCAAGGUCGCCACAAGAUGAGCAAGAUGAGCGAGAAGACGAGGAGCGUGAGGAAGAGCGGCGGAGGGAGAAGGCACGGAAAGAGCGGACAUUGUUGAUGGAGGCACAGGAAGUGCAUGAAAAGAAGGCUGCAGAAGAUGCAAAGAAGACGGAAGCUGAGAAAGCGGAGGAGGCAGACGCAGAAAUCCUUGCCGCUAUCGCAAGCCGGAAGAAGCUGGCUUCAGAUCUGGAGCUGGCGAAAGGAGUGCAGUACACAGAGUCUAUGAAAACAACGUGGCGACCACCAAAAUUCAUACGCGACAGGAGUGAGGAGGAGCACCGACUGUUACGCGAGAAGUAUCACAUCCUUGUCGACGGGGAAGAUAUCCCGCCACCAAUUGACAAUUUUACAGACAUGAAGGUACCUGACAUCCUUGUCAAGUUCCUCAAAUCUAAGCGCAUAUUCACACCUACACCUAUUCAACUCCAAGGUAUACCUACUGCUUGCGCUGGUCGCGAUAUGAUUGGCAUUGCAUUCACUGGUUCGGGGAAGACACUCGCAUUUUGCCUCCCCGUAAUCAUGCUUGCUCUUGAAGAGGAGUCGAAACUGCCCUUUGUGCGCGGGGAAGGACCCGUGGGAGUAAUUUUGUGUCCCUCGCGUGAGCUGGCCACUCAAACGUACGAGAACGUACUCACCUGGACGAGCGCUCUCUCGAAGGAAGGUCGAUACCCGUCAUUAAACGUGCUACUAUGCAUAGGAGGCAUCUCGAUGAGUGACCAGAGCCAUGUGAUGAACAAAGGGCUGCACAUAGUUGUUGCGACUCCUGGACGACUCAUUGACAUGCUGGAAAAGAAACGGUUCACGUUCGACAGUUGCAAAUACUUGUGCAUGGAUGAAGCCGAUCGCAUGAUUGAUCUGGGGUUCGAAGACGAUGUCCGAAAUAUUAUGAGCUUCUUCAAGCACCAAAGGCAAACACUGCUCUUUUCGGCGACAAUGCCCCGAAAAAUUCAAGACUUUGCGCAACAAUCACUGGUCAAGCCUAUCCUCGUCAACGUCGGACGGGCAGGUGCAGCAAAUCUAGACGUAUUACAGGUCGUGGAAUACGUGAAGCAGGAGGCCAAGAUGGUUUAUCUUCUAGAAUGUCUGCAGAAGACACCCCCGCCUGUCAUUAUAUUCAGCGAAAACAAGAACGAAGUGGAUGAUAUCCAGGAGUACCUGCUUCUCAAAGGCGUCGAGGCUGUGGCGAUUCACGGAUCUAAGACCCAGGAAGAACGGCAAUAUGCGAUCAAGGCGUUCAAGUCGGGUGCCAAGGAUGUCAUGGUAGCCUCUGGUGUUGCCUCGAAGGGACUGGAUUUCAACGAUAUCCAGCAUGUUAUCAUUUUCUCCAUGCCAAAGGAGAUUGAAGAUUACGUGCACCAAAUCGGGCGUACGGGCCGUAGUGGGAAGACGGGGAUCGCGACAACGUUCGUGAAUAUGAACACGCCAGAGCAGACGCUGCUCGACUUGAAGUACUUGUUAAUGGAGGCAGGGCAGAAAGUACCUCCGUUCUUGCUCAGUAUCGAUGAUCCUCGGGCCGCGCAGGGCGGAUCGCUCAAAGGCUGUCCCGUGUGUGGAGGUCUUGGGCAUGGCAUCUCGAAUUGUCCAAAGCUGGAGGAUACCCAGCGACGACAGAUGGCCUCGCACAGGAUAUCCGACGACAGAGGUGGCUAUUGA